UGCCUAAGGAAAGAGGCAGUCAGAGAAAGGAACUUGAGACAGGAGCAGAAGUUUGCAUUCCUCUUAGCUGUUCAGUUUGCUACAUGAAAUAAGAAAAAGAUGGCCAAUGUUGAGAUGUUUGCUUUUCACGUACCUACCCUGGAAGAACUUGUUGGAGUUUUGCAAAAUGGACUUAAAGAAAACUUUGCAGAUGUUCAGGUUUCUGUAGUGGACUGCCCUGACCUGACUCAAGAACCCUUCACAUUUCCUGUUAAAGGUAUUUGCGGCAAGCCUAGAAUUGCCGACGUGGGUGGCGUUCCAUACCUUUUGCCUCUUGUACAAAAAGAUAAGGUUUAUGACCUGAACACAAUUGCCAAGGAAAUGCAGCUACCGGGAGGUUUCUUUCUCGGAGCCGGAGCGGUUUCGUCCAGAGUUGUCGGAGGCAAUGCUGAGCUUAUCCCUAUCGUUCAAGCUAAAAACGAGAAAAAGCCAGCUAUCAAUCGGAGUUACUUGGCCAAGAUUAAUUCGGAGGAUGGUGGGUGCUUGCUGGAACAGUACAGCUCCAAAUAUAAGGAUUGUGAAUUUGGGCUGCUGGCCAACUUGUACGCCAGUGAAGGCCUUCCUGGCAAGGUCAUUGAAGUGAAAGCAAAUCGAAGAACUGGGGAGCAGAAUUUCAUAUCCUGCAUGAGGAAAGCCUUAGAAAAAUAUUACGGUGACAAACCAGUUGGCUUGGGAGGUACAUUCGUUAUCCAGAAAGGAAAAGCAAAAAUUCAUAUUAUGCCCCCAGAAUUUUCUGCCUGUCCCUUGAAAACAGACGAGGAAGUGAACAACUGGCUCAAGUUUUAUGAAAUGAAGGCUCCGCUAGUUUGCCAACCUGUUUUGGUUUCCCAUGAUCCAGGCUUUGACCUACGCCUUGAGCACACGCACUGCUUCAGCCACCACGGCGAGGGAGGCCACUACCACCAGGACACGACCCCGGAGACCGUCGAGUACCUGGGGUAUUUUGAACCCGCCGAGUUUCUCUUCCGAAUUGACAAGCCCAAAGAGACGCACAUGGUUGGCCGGGAUUAAAGCGAGACGGGCUCAGGUUGCAGCGGGAAGCCAGCCCAGCCAAGGAACAGGAAGUCUGGCGAAUUGGUAGAAAUUUGCCUUUAACCGGGAUGAAAUGUCGGUCACAAGAUGGACUCCAAUAACCACAGGAAGAUAGCACUUAUUUUGGUAUAUGGCAUAUAAUUAAUGUGUGAUUGGAAAUACAGCUGAAUUUAAUCUGA